CGUCAGUGUUACAGAUUAAACAAUGUUUAGUGUCCCUCAAAGCUCCAAGUCCGAGUUCCUGGAUAAAGCCAGACAGGCUAGAGAGGAAAGAAAGGGACAGAAAGAGAAGGAGAAAGCAGCAACCACCAUUCAAGCUCUGGUCAGGAGAUUCCUUUGUCGCUGCAGACUCCAGAAACAAAUAAGAAAAGAGGUUGAUGAAUAUUUUCAAGCUAAUGACACUGGGACAACAAAGAGAAAUGCUCUUCCCAUUUUUAAAGUGGCUCGAAAGUUACUGUUCAUAUACAGCCAAGAUGAUAAGACGAGAUUUGAGAAGCUCUGUCGUGCUAUUCUGGCCAGCAUGGAGGUGGAAAAUGAACCUAAAGUCUGGUAUGUUUCCUUGGCUCUUUCCAAAGACCUCACCAUUCCCUGGCUCAAACAGAUUAAAGACGUGCUGUGGACCUGCUGUCAACUACUAAAAGGUUUAAAGCCAGACAUACUUCAGGAUAACAAGUUAGUAACAUUAUACCUCACAAUGCUGGUGACCUUCACUGAUACAUCAACGUGGCGGAUCAUCCGAGGAAAAGGUGAAGCUCUCAGACCUGCUUUGACAAGGAUUUGUGAAAAUAUCAUGGGCCAUCUCAAUCAAAAGGGAUUCUAUUCAUCUUUACAGAUUUUACUUACCAAUGGCUUGGCUCGUUCUAAACCAUCGCUCUCCAAAGGAACUUUGACAGCCAUUUUUACUUUGUCAAUGAGGCCAGUCAUUGCUGCGCACUUCUCAGACAACCUGCUAAGAUCAUUCCUCAUCCACAUCAUGUCGGUUCCUGCCAUCGUAUACCACCUUAAUGUGCUGACUCCAGAGUGCAUGGCAUCCAUUCAGACGCACGAACUGCUGCGGAAGUUUAUUUUGUUUCUCAAUCGGGAGGAACAGUGUCUGGACAUCUGUGUGUGCCUUGAGGGCAGCCACACACUAUGCCUACUUGGCAAUCUGAUCUACUUGGGUUACCUUAAUGUGAAAGUCAUAGAAGAGGAGGCAAACCAUUUUGUGAAAGACCUGACUGACAUGCUGUCAUACUGCCAGAGAUAUGUGUCACAGAAGAAGUCCAACCUUACCCACUGGCACCCCGUUCUGGGCUGGUUUUCUCAAACUGUAGACUAUGGUCUGAACGAGUCGAUGCCACUGGUCACCAAACAGCUUCAGUACCUGUGGGGUGUUUCUGUAAUCCGGACGCUCUUCAGCGAUGUCCUCUCUAAAAAGCUGGAGAGUCAGGAGCCCACUCCCCCACCCCCACAGCCAAGCACAUCUCAAAACAAUCUGCCAGUUAAAAAUCUCUUCAAGAGAGCGUUUCAGAAGUCGGCUUCAGUGCGAAACAUUCUGAAACCAGUCGGAGGGAAGCGAGUGGACUCCGCUGAAGUUCAGAAAGUGUGCAGCAUCUGUGUCCUCUACCAGACUGCUCUGUCCACACUGACACAAAUACGCCUCCAGAUUCUCACUGGUUUGACACAUCUGGAUGACCUUUUACCCAAACUGUGGGCCUUCAUCUGUGAGCUUGGACCUCAGGGGGGUCUCAAACUUUUCAUGGAGUGUCUGAACAAUGACACCGAAGAGUCCAAACAGCUUCUGGCUAUGCUCGUGCUCUUCUGUGACUGCUCACGUCACCUCAUAACAAUUCUGGACGAUAUUGAAGUGUACGAAGAACAAACCUCUUUCAAACUGGAGGAGCUCAUCACCAUCUCCUUUUUUCUGAACACAUUUGUGUACAAGAUGAUUUGGGAUGGCAUCUUGGAAAAUGCGAAAGGAGAUAAACUGGAGCUGUUCCACAGUGUUCACGGCUGGCUGAUGGUGCUCUACGAACGAGACUGCAGGCGGAGGUUCACGCCUGACGAUCACUGGCUACGCAAGGAUCUGAAGCCUAGCCUGUUGUUCCAAGAACUGGAGAAAGGCAAGAAAAGAGCCCAGCUUUUACUGCAGUACAUCCCACAUGUUAUCCCACAUAAAAAUAGGGUGCUGCUGUUCAGAAACAUUGUCACAAAGGAAAAAGAAAGUUUAGGAUUGGUAGAAACAAGCUCUGCCUCACCGCACGUCACCCACAUUACCAUUCGUCGUUCUCGGAUGCUGGAGGAUGGAUACGACCAGCUCCGCAGGUUGCCAGUGAAUUCGAUAAAAGGUGUCAUUCGAGUCAAGUUUGUAAACGACCUCGGUGUAGACGAGGCUGGAAUCGACCAAGAUGGCGUCUUUAAAGAGUUUCUAGAGGAAAUCAUUAAGAAAGUUUUCAAUCCAGCUCUUAAUCUGUUCAAGACGACAAGUGGAAAUGAAAGAUUAUAUCCUUCGCCUACAUCCUACAUCCACGAGAAUCAUUUGCAGCUGUUUGAGUUUGUAGGAAAGAUGCUCGGGAAAGCUAUUUACGAGGGAAUUGUUGUGGACGUCCCGUUUGCCUCCUUCUUCCUCAGUCAAGUCUUGGGCCACCAUCACAGCACGUUUUACAGCUCUAUUGAUGAGCUCCCCUCCCUGGACUCAGAGUUUUAUAAAAACCUUACCUCCAUCAAGCGCUAUGAUGGCGAUGUGGGGGAUCUGGGGCUGACGUUGUCCUAUGAUGAAGAUGUUAUGGGGCAGCUUGUCUGUCAUGAGUUGAUACCUGGAGGAAAAACGAUGCCAGUCACCAAUGAAAACAAGAUCAGCUACAUCCAUCUGAUGGCUCACUUUCGGAUGCACACGCAGAUUAAAGAGCAAACGGCCGCUUUCAUUCGGGGUUUCCGCAGCAUCAUUAAUCCCGAGUGGCUGCAUAUGUUUUCCACGCCCGAGGUUCAGCGGCUUAUCUCUGGAGAUAACGCUGAAAUUGAUCUAGAUGACCUCAAGAAACACACCGUCUACUACGGAGGUUUCCACAGCAGUCAUCGUGUCAUCCUCUGGCUCUGGGACAUCCUGUCUAGCGAUUUUAAUGCCGAAGAGAGGGCUAUGUUUCUUAAAUUUGUUACCAGCUGCUCAAGGCCACCUCUUCUAGGUUUUGCUUACCUCAAACCACCUUUUUCUAUUCGCUGUGUGGAAGUUUCAGAUGAUCAGGACACUGGAGACACCCUCGGCAGCGUCCUCAGGGGCUUCUUCACCAUCCGAAAGAAGGAGCCCGGCGGUCGACUUCCUACUUCAUCCACGUGCUUCAACCUGCUCAAGCUGCCCAACUACAGCAAGAAGAGCAUCCUGCGUGACAAACUGCGCUACGCCAUCAGCAUGAACACGGGCUUCGAGCUCUCCUAACUCUGCUGCAUUUGGACAAUACGCACAGGAGGCUUGUGGUAAAACAGCGAGAACCAAGCGAGAGGCCCAGUUUACCUGGACCGACUCAUCAGCUCAAUAAA